AUGGAACUUGAGUAUGUUCGGGAAAAUAGGUCUCCCGAGGAGUCCUCGUUCUCGCCGGGAGGUCUGUCUUCCGAUUCAUUGACGCAGGCUCUCUCACAGAUACUGCAUCGUCUUAACCACCAGGAGGGCCGAUGGGGUAAUAGUAGAGAUGCAGUUGUUCAGGACCUUAGUGCCUUAAUAGAAGUUACAGAAUGUGACAAAUUGUUUGAGGGGAGUGGCACACCAAUGCGCAGAAGGACUGAGAUGCUGGGAGAUGUGGCAAAAGCUCUCGGAAAAUACGCAGCCCCUGCCAAGGAAGAGGAAGGUAGAACUGAUGGUCAUUCUGGGGUGUCUGUAAAAGCUAUAGAAGUUGGACUGUUCUUUCUCAAGCUACUUGGGAAAGUUGAAACUGCCAAAAAUUUUCAGGUGGGCCCUGCAUGGAAGACAGGGCUGCAUCAGUUGGCAGGACCUGUCUAUAUUUUUGCCAUCACACACAGCUUGGAGCAACCAUGGACCAGUCCAAGAUCUCAGGACAUUGCUAGAGAAGUGCUCUCCUUACUGCUUCAAGUUUCCAGCUGUGGUUCUAUAGCAGGAUUCCUCUAUGGAGAAAAUGAAGAUGACAAAGGAAGAUUUACUCUGAUAAUGGGACUUCUCAAAUGUGAUUUAAAUAAGGAAACAUGGAAAGAUAACCCUGCCACCAAACAUGUUUUCUCAUGGACUCUGCAGCAGAUCACUCGACCCUGGCUGAACCCACAUCUGGAAAGGGUACUUCCUCCGUCAUUGCUCAUCUCAGAUGACUAUCAACCAGAGAACAAACUCCUGGGCAUUGGCUGCCUCCAUCACAUUGUGCUUAAUGUGCCAGCUGCUGACUUACUCCAGUACAACAGGGCCCAGGUCCUAUACCAUGCUCUUUUCAACCACCUUUACACCCCGGAGCACCACCUCAUUCAGGCUGUGCUCCUGUGUCUACUAGAUUUAUUCCCCAUCUUGGAGAAAGCUUUGCAAUGGAAGGGAGAGGCAGCUCGACCCACUACACACUGUGAUGAAGUCUUGCAACUAAUCCUGACCCACAUGGAGCCAGAGCACCGUCUUCCCUUACGCAGGACAUAUGCAAGACAUCUACCUGCUUUUGUGAAGAGGUUGGGGAUACUGACUGUCCGGCACAUGAAGAGGCUGGAGCGAGUCAUCAUUGGUUAUCUAGAGGUUUAUGAUGGACCAGAGGAAGAGGCUAGAAUGAAGACACUGGAGACCCUAAAACUUCUUAUUCAGCAUACUUGGCCCAGGGUUUCUUGUAGACUUGUGGUUUUAUUAAAGGCCCUCCUGAAACUGAUAUGUGAUGUAGCAAGGGAUCCAAGCCUUACACCUGAGCUGGUGAAGACUGCCUUGUUACAAGAAGCCACAGACUGUCUCAUUCUCUUAGACCACUGCUCUCAAGGGAAAGUGAAGGGUCUGUUGGCCAAAAUACCUCAAAGCUGUGAAGACGGCAAGGUGGUGAACUGUAUCAGAAAAGUGCAGCAGGCUUCUGAAGGCACUCACUAUGAUGGAACUAAAGAUUUGUAUUUUACCUGA